AUGCUGCGCCAACGACAAACGCAGCCGCCUGGACAACCCCAUAACGGGGCCGAGCCUUUUCAGACUGAUCGAAACUCCUCUUCCCUUCCUUCUACAUCAUCAUCCUCCUCCUCUGCGCGUGCGACCUCUACUGCGACCUCUGCCCGCCCCUCGUCUGGUACGAACGGGGACAAGGCUCAACACGCUGCGCGCCAGCCUUCAGCUGCGGAGCACAUGGCUUCCGCCGCCACUUCCGGCGACAUGCCCGGCCAGCAGCCCGAGGCCUGGAGCCGCCGGAAUCAAUGGAUCAUCUUUGCCAUUGCGAGCGGCGCCUGCGCGGCGUUCAACGGGGUUUUUGCUAAAUUGACGACAACCGAACUGACAACUACACUGGCAAAUGGCAUUGCCCACUUCUUUGGCCUUUCUGCUGCCGCUCAUGUUGUUGAACUAGUUGUACGAUGCAUAUGUCCACAGACGUUUUUCGGCCUCAACUUGGUUUUCAACGGAGUGAUGUGGACUCUCUUCACGCAGGCCCUUGCCCGCGGUCACUCGACGACGCAAGUAUCAAUCAUGAAUACUUCGACGAACUUUGUCAUCACCGCCCUGCUGGGCCUUGCCAUCUUUUCAGAGUCGUUGCCGCCCCUGUGGUGGGUGGGAGCGUCCCUCCUCGUGGCAGGUAACGUCAUUAUCGGGCGCAAGGACGAGAGCAAGGCAGACGAGACGGGAGAGGUUGCCAUCUCUGAAGCUGAGGGCGGGAAUAGCAGCUUCGAGCCCGAGUAUCACGAUGAGGAGUCGGAUGAGGAGAAGUCGGAUGAGGACGUCCCUGAGCUCGGAGAUUUAGAUGAAGCAUCGAGAUGA